GCUUCUUGCCGGUGCCCCCAAAAAGCAAAGCACAGACUCUACUCACCCACGCGUUUUCCACCUACGGAGGGAGAAAUCAUCGAAAUAUCCUCAUCCCCUGAAAGGGAACCCGAAAACAGGACGAGAGUGGAUAGGGUGACUAAGGAGGCCGUAAAAAUUAGUAGUGAAUUUUUGAAAGAUAAGAUUACAAAAAGGCGAGAGUAGCAUAAUUGUUAGUUAGGGGUAAGAGGGGACUGGCCCGUAUAGAAAGUCAAUCCUUCUUUUUCUGAUAUGUCGCUCCGUAAGCAAGGAGUGACACGCACGAGUGGAGCGAAAACCAAGCAAGGGGAAUUCCGUCAUUCCGUGGAAAGCAUGCGAAAUCCUUUGAUUGUUUAUAGAAUCAAAAUAACUAUAUAGUCUUUCUUGUUCCAUUUGCAAGGCAAGGAAAAUAAAAUGUCAGUUUCGUUACUACAACCUUAUUUUUUUAUGUCAAAGACAAAAAGCUACGCGCAAAUUCUCAUUGGAUCUAGGUUGUUCUUAACAGCGAUGGCUAUUCAUUUAAGUCUUCGGGUAGCACCACCAGAUCUUCAACAAGGUGGAAAUUCUCGUAUUUCCUAUGUACAUGUUCCUGCGGCUCGGAUGAGUAUAGUUAUUUAUAUCGCGACAGCUAUAAAUAGUUCCUUGUUCCCAUUAACAAAACAUCCCCUUUUUCGUCGCUCUUCCAGCACCGGUACGAAAAUUGGUGCUUUUUCUACUUUGUUUACGUUAUUGACUGGGGGGUUUCGGGGAAGGCCUAUGUGGGGUACCUUUCGGGUGUGGGAUGCUUGUUUAACUUCUGUAUUCAUCUUGUUCCUUAUUUACCUGGGUGCACUGCAUUUUCAAAAGCUUCCCGUCGAACCGGCUCCUAUUUCAAUCCGUGCUGGACCGAUCGAUAUACCAAUAAUAAAGUCUCCAUUCAACUGGUGGAAUACAUCGCAUCAACCUGGGAGCAUUAGCCGAUCUGGUACAUUAAUACAUGUUGCAAUGCCCAUUCCAAUCUUGUCUAACUUUGCUAACUUCCCCUUCUCUACCCGUAUCUUGUUCGUUCUGGAAACACGUCUUCCUAUUCCAUCUUUUCCCGAAUCUCCCUUAACGGAAGAAAUAGAAACCUAGUUCACUCGCUAAAGCAUCCAUGGCUGAAUGUUGAAAGCGCCCACCAACCUAGAAAGGAAAAUUGGGUCAAAAAGUAGGUUCGAUUCCUGCCGGAUAAACUGCCUCUUAAACACAGAAACAAAGGAGGGAAAGAAGGUAGUAUAGGGAACUUGCUUUUGGGUUCUUAUCGAAAGUGAAUCCCUCUAACACUUCUAUUAGUGUUUUAUGAGAAAAUCUUUUAUAGACAGAACAAGUGUGAAAAUCCUUAGUCACUAGGCAAGAAAGCUCGAUGGGAACAAAAAGGAUACAAUUAGUUCAGAAUCAAGAAAAUGUACAAUUUCAAAGGAAAGAGGGAAUGGAAAGUUUCCCUCCAUUGAACAUCAAUAAAUCUAGAAAUAGGUAAAGGAAGGGGUAUCACGGGGGUAUUUUUCUUUUUUCUAUUCACUUCCGUGGGGUUCUAAAUUGAAAACAUGAACACAAACGAAAUCGUAUUGAAAUUACAUAAAAAAAGAAAA